AUGGCUGCUGAUAAGGUGGACUAUGUGGCCUGGGGACGCUUACGGGGUUUCUUCGCAACGGAACCGCCUUGGCUCGAGCAUAUCUACGUUGUGCGUAUCGUCGACUUCACUGUUGGUGUUCCCGCAGACGAAGGAGGCACUUGUGACGAUGGAAUUAGCCCUCGACCGGAUGAAGAAAUCAGAAGCGCCAUCUUCAUCCAGACCUCCGAGGAUGAAAAACUCGGCGGUAUCCUCUACGAGACCCAUCGCUGGCCAGGCUCCAGCAAAUUCAGGCUCAGCGUCACUCAAUACGCCAACAUGGGGCGCCACACUCACCUGGCCACCGAUGCACCCAUCGGUUUCAUCUGGAAGAAGGACGCCGAACAGCACCUUCCCGACAUUAUCAAUUCGAUCCCAACUCCUGACCCAUCCGCCAUCUACGCCCCUGGGAGCGUCCCCGAUGGCCCAGACCUCCCACCUCAAGACUCGAUUGAAUAG